GUACCAGAUGAUGCUUAAGUGCUGGCAUCAGCACCCAGACCACCGACCCACCUUCUCCACGCUGUCUCAGUGGCUGGAAGACAUGAUGACUGACGUCAGUGGUGCCCAGUACCUGGACAUGCAGCUCAAUCUUCAACAGUCUCUCUACAAGGUGAGGACAAGACAGUAAUUGGUGGCAGAGUAGUUGUGCCGUACAUCGGUUAGCUUGAGUAUGGAACUAGU